AACGGAACAGUAUGUCGGCAUCAGUUGUCAUUCGAAUAACGCUGCAGAAACCUCCAUAAUUUGCAAGAUGAAAUUCGCUUUGUCGUUGUUGGUCGUUCUGGCCGUGGCCAGUCCACUCUACGCCUUUAAAAUACCGAGCUCAGGAUCGGGUGCUCUCGCGGCAGAAUUACAGGACCUUCUGGACCUGGUGCCAGACAGGAAGGUUUUACACCUCAUUAGAGUGUACUACACCUGGGACAAAGAAUUCCAGACGGCCAUGAGGAUCGCGAAGGGCGAGGAAUCGAAAGAGUACAUCAGAGAGCUGGAACUAAAUUCCAAAUUUAACGAACUGAUGCAGUACAUCCAGGAUGCUGGCAUUGAUAUCUUCUACUUAAUGAAUGUUCUAAACGAAUCCCUCGACCUCGAGCCUGUCGUUCCUUUCUCACUGUUCCGUAAGAGGACUGGUGGACUUAAAGGAUUCAUUAAAGAUUUGGCCGACAUAUUGCCACUCAAAAAGAUGGAGGAAUUGUUGGAAGACAAAAGACAGAAUUCUCCAGUAGUUGCCAAUUACGUGAACGAAGUACUCUCUUCGAAAUAUUUCAAACUCUACGACUACAUGCUGUCGAACGAACACACGACAAAUAUGGUGCAGCAAGCUGACGAAGCUGGUAUCGAUAGUGCCAUUUUCGAGGGAUAUUACUUUUACUUCCUUCUGGCCGCUCCUUUUCUUCAUUAAAGUUCAACUGUGUGGACUUUUUGUUAAAUGAUAAUUGUUGAUAUUCUCAGGUGUAAUGUGUUUGUUGUAUUAAUAAUAAAUAUAAUAAAUAUGUAAUUGAGCAUUGAA